AUGGAUGAUUGUGACUGGACUUCGGAUGGAAGUGCCGACUCUGAUACACUCUCACCACUUCCACCAUUAGUGAUAUGGACCAGCAGAAGGUCAACUGGGUAUCCCCCACAGCGAAAUAUACCAUUUUACGGUACGACUUACACGGCUCAUCACCACGCAAACCCCAAUGGCGGUAACGCAGAGACGACCUCAGAAGGCUCCUUUGCGAAUUAUACACUUCAGCAUUCCUCAUUCACCACUUCGAACACACCAACAUCUACCUCCAGAGUGCUCCAAGAUCAUCCUAGGCUGGACACUGCAGUAGACAACUUCAGGCCGCCUCGACCAGAGUUCCAGAGGAACAAGGAUACACGCGCUAAUGAUCCUUCAACAGCAACUGACGAUAACCCAUGCUCUAAUCCAAUGACAUCAGCAAUGGACAAUGGCCAAAGAUCGCAAAGCAACCGUAACCAAACUGCUAACCAUCCCGUUUCUGUUUCAGAUCACUACACAGGCCACGCACACGUUGGGUAUGAGUCGGAAGAUAGCGAAUACUCAGGCAAAUCUGCCGACCUGGACGUUCACAAUAUCGAACAUGUUCCAAUGGAUCUUAGGAUGUCUAGCUUAUCGCACAAAAAUCAGCAUGUCUCCGAGUCUAGUUCUGAGGCAGAUUUUCAACUUCAAGCUGACUUCCCUCAACCCGAAACUUCGCAUUGCAAGGAAACUGGGCCAUCGCUUGAUCGCCAGCAUGAUAUGCUUGAUCGCAGACAUUCAGAUCCCGUAGAAAAGCCGUAUGAAUGUAAGUUUUGCGAUAUAUCUUUUUCUACUCAAUCCAGUCUAACAUGUCAUGAACGUACGCACCGAGAAGAGAAACCUUUCAAGUGUAAAGUGUGCGAUAAAAUCUUCGAUAGCCGAUCUCUUCUUGUCCGUCAUGUUCGAGUUCACUCAGGAGACAAACCCUUCACGUGCAAGUUCUGCGCUAAAUCAUUCAGUGAUAAAUCCAAUCACACUGCUCAUGAACGGUACCAUACCGGGGAGAAGCGGUUUACCUGUGAUCACUGUGAUCAAGGUUUUCACUCCCGUUCCAAUCUUAGAAUUCAUCUACGCAUCCACACUGGACACAGACAAUACAAGUGUAAAGAAUGUGGCAAAGAAUUCACACAACGAUCAAAUCUCACAAAUCAUCAACGCAUCCAUACUGGAGAGAAACCCUUCAAGUGUACCGUUUGUGACAAAGCGUUUAGGACUGCAUCGAAUCUUUCAGAUCAUAAACGCAUCCAUACUGCAUGGAAACCCUUCAAAUGUAACGCUUGUGGCGAAUCAUUCAGGACUGCUGCACAUCUUGCAGGUCAUCAACGCAUCCAUACUGGAGAGAAACCAUUCCAGUGUCAAAUAUGUAACAAGGCAUUCAGACAAACAUCACAUCUCACACGUCAUGAACGCAUCCAUUCUGGCGCGACGUCAUUUUCGUGUAAAAUAUGUGGAAAGUCUUUCUCUCGGAAAUCCAAUCUAACGGCACACGAAGGAAUCCAUCCCUGAGAGAAACUUAUCAGCGACUGUGACAAGUCUUUCAAUGGUACAAAACAACACCUGGAAGACCAUGCAAACUACUAACACCGUUUAACAAAAGGCUUCUUUCCCAGAUUAUGGAAAAUGUUCAUUAUAAGUGCGUUUUGAAAUGAAUGUAGUCCAAUCUAAACUCCAUGCAAAAAUCACUGCUUACAUGCUGACUUCCAUAUUUGAAACAUCACAAACAUUAUCAUUAUCAUUGUUUUAGAGUUGAUAUAUUGUACAGUUUCUAGCCAUAUUACUCUAUGCACUUCGUACACGUAUUUCCAUAUCUACCAUUCACAAAAAAAAACAGUUGAGCUGAUCAUGUGGCUCGUGUUUUGUAAAAUCUGUAUUUUUUCGCGCAUCUUUACUCUUCUGCACGCAUGCUGGGUAUAGAUCUUUUCCUCAGAAGAGACGCUGUGCUGUUUUGGAGUUGGCACAUGAUGAUAAA